AUGGGAUUCCAGGUCCUGCCGGGCCACCAGGACCUCCCGGCCCGCCCGCCUCAUCUGGGCCAUGCAGCCAACCCGGACCCCCUGGCCCACCUGGUCCCGAGGGCCCACCCGGAUUCAACGGACUGUGACGACGUCUACAAGGCAGGCCACACCACCAGCGGUGUCAACACCAUCAAGCCAGACGCCACCGGAGCCUCGUUCCGGGUCUACUGUGAGAUGGAAGCCGGGGCCGGCGGCUGGACUGUCCUCCAGAAGCGCUUCGACGGUUCCGUAGAUUUUGCUAAUGACUGGGAAACUUACAAAAAUGGGUUUGGGGACCUCAGUGGCGAGUUUUGGCUCGGAAACGACAAAAUCUAUCAGAUCUCAAACGAGAAGGUAUACCUUCUGCGCAUUGAUCUGGAGAAUUGGUCCUGUGAAACGGUAUAUGCUGAAUAUGAUAGGUUCUAUAUCGAGGAUGAAGCGGCAAAGUACCGUCUGCAUGUUGGUGCCUAUAGCGGCACUGCUGGGGAUGGUGGGUAUGGGUUAAGCUGGCAUGAUGGUCGCAGAUUCUCAACACACGACCAGGAUAACGACGACUGGGGCGCUAACUGCGCAACUGUUUGGGGCGGUCGUGGUGGUUGGUGGUAUAGGUAUUGUGACCGCGCUAGCCUGAACCAGCCGUACAAGCAUGGCGGCGGGGGGGAUUAUACACAUGGUAUAGAAUGGGCAGCGUGGUCAGCUCACCAGUACUCCAUCAAGGCUUCUGUCAUGAAGAUCAGACCUGCUCCUUAG